AGCAACAAAUUCUGAUCUGGGAUGUUGGGAACUCUGUGUUUUUCCUCUGCCGGUUCUGGUUCUGUUCCUUCCGCAGGAUGGGUUUUAUCAUAACUUAGCUGUUCCAGACCUGUUGGAGGACUGCUUGCUCGUUUCAACAUACCGGUUCGGACAUGGAGGACCUGAUCCGGCUCUCCGACCAGGACCUGCAGAGGUUCGGUAAGGAGGACCUGAUCCGGACGCUGCGGGCUCUGCAGAACCGCAGCACGGACGUGAUGCUGGAGCACGGGAAGCUGAUGAAGGACGUGAACCGCAGCCUGCAGGUCCACCUCCAGGAGAUCCGGAGCUUGAAGGAGGUGAACCAGAAGCUGCAGGAGGACAACCAGGAGCUGCGGGAGCUCUGCUGCUUCCUGGACGACGACCGGCAGAAGGACCGGAAGGUGUCCCGCGAGUGGCAGCGCUUCGGCCGCUACACGGCCGGCGUGCUGUGGCGGGAGCUGGGGCUGUACCAGCAGAAGCUGACCGAGCUGGAGGCCGGGCAGGAGACGCUGCGGGCGGAGAACGCCGAGCUCAAGGAGAUCGUCCUCAUGCUGGACGAGGAGAGGAGCGGAGCCGGGUCCCGGAGCUCCAUCGACAGCCAGUCCAGCCUGAGCGGACCGGUGCCGCCCCGGGACGGAGGCGACGGGAGCAGCGGGGGGAGUCCGGACCACCAGACCGCCUACCUGAAGGGCUGCGGGGGGAAGGCGGGCCCGCUGAGGCGGUCCGUGGACGAUCUGUCAGCUCAUGGAGGCACCGCUGAGUUCCGAUCAGAUAUAUCAGAGUGCUACAUCAGAGAGCUAGAGAACAAGGUGAGGACCCUGGAGGAUGAAAAGAAACUGCUGACAAUGCAGAACCAUCCUCGGACUCCCAGUGGAGAACUGUCCCCUACGGGGUUCUACCUGCCUCUGGCACAGAAACCCGAAGCUGUAGUCCAUGCCAUGAAGGUGCUGGAGGUCCAUGACAAGCUGGACAGUCAGAACUCGAGGGAAUUCGAUGAAGACCUCAACGAUAAGGAGAAAGCCAUCGUCAGAGAGAUGUGCAACGUGGUUUGGAGAAAGCUGGGCGACACUGCUGGUUCAAAGCUCUCUGUUCGACAGCAGCUACUAGGAAACCAGCUCCAAGGUCCGGUCCAGUAGGAGAACCCACCAUCAAACCCUCAGCAUGAUCCUCAAACGGAAGCAGCAGAGAAAAAUGGGCACACCUUUUACUACACAAAUGCACAAAGUUUCAAUAGUCCUGGACAGGAUGCUGAAACGGCUCACUGAUGCCACCAUGUGGAUUUACGGUGUAAAUACAGUUUUAAAUCAGCAAAUUUUCGGUUUUAUGUAGCAGAUCCAUCCACAGUCUUCCACUUUCCUGAUAUCUUAGAGAUAACCGGUCCAAAGCGUCCUUCUCCCCACCGACUCCAGAUCACUUGGGGAGAUCGACUCCAGAUCACUUGGGGAGAUCGACUCCAGAUCACUUGGGGAUCCCUUCAUUGAGUUCUGGGCGCGAGUUCGUGUCUCCCUUCAUCUCUAACGACGACAUUCUGCUCUACAACUCUGAAUUUCCCUAGCUUUUUACCAAGCUAGCCGAUUUCAGUCUAGCUUGGUAAAAAAAAAAAAACAACAAAAACAGCGCUUUGCUUCCUACAAAGGGCCUGAGCCAUCGGCGGCUAUUUAGAAACGAUUGCUAAUCGCUAACGGUCGGCCGUGACGUAUGUAAAGCGCCGGUAUCGCCCCUAUGAAUUUAUCGGGAGUUGCUCGCGUUGUAAACAAUCGUCUUCCACUGCGAAGAGAAAAGCAUCGAGCUGAACGAGAUGGCUGUGAAUGUUAGUUUAAUAUUUGGGACCGUGGCCAACACGGACUGAACGGCUCCGUUCACUCCAUCCGCUAAAACUACAGACUACAACAGCGCAGAAAAUCGACGUCAUCGUUCUCAACUUCUUCUGUUCGCUGAUUGGCCGGUUGGAACGCUAAAUUCUAAACCCGAAGCUUCAUUUUUCAGCUCCACAGACUGGAGAAUUGUAUUCAUGAAGAGACAAAGCUGUGAUUUAUCUGCCUGUUUUCUGCGCCACCCUGCAAUCACGCAGAACCAAAGCAUUCCCUGGGUUUCCACAGUCCAGGGUGAUGUCGGCUAGUCCGGCGCCGCCAUUUUGUUUGACAUUUUCUACUUGCUUGGGCUUUGACAACAAAAUAUUAGGGCCAGACUAAGAUUUUUUUUAUUCUUAAUUACGAGAAUUAAGUCACAAUUUUAGGGAAAUUAAGUAGUAAUUAAAUUUUUUUUAAAUAAAAAUACCUAACCCAAACUUUUUUUCUAAUAAAAGUUUUUUUGUUUUUGUUUUUAAAACUUCCCUGCUAAUAUCAUGACUGUAUAUUCUCAUAAUUAAACAAAGAUUCUGGUAGCCUGGCCUUAAUACUCACAGAAGGGAGAAAAACCCCCACUUUUUUGUCAUUUAUAAUUUCCUUUCUUUUCUUUUCUUUUCUUUUUUUUUUUAUAAAAGAAAGCAAGGGAAAAAAUCAAAUUGGAAAUUGGAUCUGGUAAAAAAUUGGAGAUUAAUUUUCAUACCAUAUCACCCAGCCUUACGCAGAAACAACACACUCUCUGGCCACUUUAUUAGGUACAACUUUUCAGUUGCAUGCAGAGGAGAAUGGACAGAGAGUGUUGAGAUAGAAAGGCGAUAUUAGGUUGAAUAAUUGCUUAUUACUUCAGCGAAUAUACCCAGAAGGAGAUUUCCACCUUUAAGUCUCAACAGAAUCACAUCUUUAGCAAACAUGAUGAACUGUACCAGCCAUGCUGCAGUCUUUCCUUCCAUCUUGGCACAAUGUUUGGCAUCUUCCUGUUGUUUGCUGCUGCAUGUUGUGUUUUUUAACAGAGCUGGCUAAUGCAUAUCCUCUAAAUAGCAAGGACCUUUAAUUCAUCUACAUCCGAGGACUAUAAAAGCAUGUUUUUGCUUCAAAGUGAUUUAAAAAAAAAAAAUCUCUUCUUAGAAAUUUCAGUUACCUACAGCUGAAAUAAAAUUGCUGUUUAUUGCUUGUUUGUGCAGAACUGAAAUUAGAAGAUGAUGUUAAAAACUCAACAAAAUCAGUGCAAACACUUCCUAAUAAUCCAAUUCUUUACACUGAUUUGUUCUCCAAACUCCUGAACAACCUCAGAUAUAAAUGCCUUACUUUGAGGCUGAGCUGAGUGAGCUAGAGCCUCAUUUAAAGGAGAAAACAGAGGAUCAGUUUUCCCAAAAGUUUGUUAAGUUGAUCCCACUGGUGAUUAAGUGUAUGUACUAUGUGCUGCCUUUCUGUCAGGAGUAGAUAUGCUGACUUAAUGUAGAUUUUACAGCAUAUAUUUCUGUUAAAUAAAUUGAGUUUAGCUGGAUUUUGAACCUGCCCACAGUGAUUCGGAGUUUUCUGUUUAAAAAUACACACAAUGGUUGAAAUUAGGUUUAAUGGUCUGAAAUAAGCGCUUUUAUUUGUAAGUUAAAACCCAGACGAGCACAUUUUAUUGUACGGAUUGGUGGAAAAGAAAAACAUUAGAAACAGCUGGUUUUUGAAUGUGUGUAUGCAGCUGCAGAUGUAUUUUAGCAAACCUGUUAUUCAUGAGAAUAGCUUAAGAAAAUUAAAAUACUUUUAGAUGAAUAUUAAAGUUUUUUUUUUUGUAAAUGUGUGCUGCUUUAUUGCUUGUUUAAAUUGCCAUGUGUGCAGAAAUAUUUAAUUCAGUUUAUUUAUUCAACUUAUAUUCCUGUUUCCUUACACAUGACGCUAUUUUUUCUUUUGCUGCUAAAAAUCUAAAACUGAAAAAUAUCUAAAUAAUUUAACGGAAUCCAAAGUUACAAAAAAAUCAAUAAUAUAAGCAGGUAACAUAACAAAUUGAUGAUCACAGGAACAAAAAAUUCUAAAUGAUGUUGAAAUUAAAUAAGUUCUAGUAUUGACAUUAAAUUAAACUAAAGCAGUAGUUUAAUGCAUGGAUUAAAAAUCUCUUUAUUGCUUUGGCAUCAUUCCCAGAGAGAAUUAAAACAAUAAACUAUGUACUUUUAAUUAAAGAAAAAUAAAUAAAUCUGCUCUUAAUGGACCUUUUCUGUAUGUUUUACGACUCAGACAUACUAACUUUGUUUGUGAGAGGCCAUUUAAAUUGUGGCACAUCUGAGCUUCCAUAUCCACAGGUAGAACGACAUUAUUUCAUAUAUCCCUGAGUUCAUAUUUACUGUUUUCAGUUCAGCCUGUUUGCCUCAUGUGAAAAUAAUAACAGGUGAAUUUGUGAUGAUCUCACUGUAUUUAUUGCACAACACCACUUUACAGACUGCGGGAAUGUAAAUACAGUUUACUGUAGAGAAGUUCUCACCACAAUUAUUUACUUUUGGAACUAAAUGAGUAAGUAAUUACUGAAACUACACCUGAUACUUCUGCUACUACAACAUGUGAUUGUUGGGUUCAGUUUACUUGUUUUUCACCACUUUGACAUGUGAAUGAACAGUCAUGAUGGAUGUUUGGAUCACGCUUAAGGUCAAGGAUGAGGACACUAUCUAUCUCACUCAUCUUAUCACCGGGAAACUGCAAAAACAAUAAAGAUUUACGACGCUCAGGAUCA